CCUGCACCGUCUGCCAGCUAUCGUCCAUCUACUCCUCCUCUUCCUCACUAUCUCCUCUUCCUCCCGCUCUUUAUACCUACCUCCGUCGCGUGCCUGCUUCCUCCUCUACUCUGGCACCGUCAGUUAUCUUCCUCGGGUGACUCUCAUCCUCACUCUCUCUUCAUUCUUCAUCAUGUCAAAUUACAACUCCCGCGAACCCCUCUCCGACGCAGACCCCCUCACAGCCGAAGAUGAAGUCUCCGAACCCAUAAUCCCGCUCUCCUACGGCUCCCGCCCCGCCGGCGGCCUGCCCAUGCGCGGCCUGAACCCGGCAGAGAUAUACGACGCCGGGACCGACUCGUCCGACAACGACUCGCUCGCCAUCGAGCUCGAGACCGACGUCGAGAGCGACGACGACGACAUCUUCCCCCGCAAAUCCACAAGCGAAGACUCCCCGCUCAUGGGCGCCGACGCCGCCGACUACGGCCCCUCCAAGAUGCCGCCAGACUACGUCAGCCCGCAUUCGCCGAACUGGACCCCGACGCUGCGUCUGCGGAUGGUCCAGCUCGUGACCUGCACAAACGUCUUCCUCACCGGCUGGGACUCGAGCUGCACCGCCAGCACUUACGCCCUCAUCGGCUCCGAGUUCAACGCCGCAAACAACGUCAGCUGGAUAAGCACCUCCUACCUCAUCUCCUCGACCGCCUUCCAACCCCUCUACGGCCGCUUCUCCGACAUCGUCGGCCGCCGUAUCUGCUUCCUUUUCGCCAUCUCCGUCUUCUUCAUCGGCACCCUCGGCUGCUCAAUGGCGACCUCGCUCAUGACCCUCAACAUCGCGCGCGCAAUCACCGGCGUCGGCGGCGGCGGCCUCGUCACCCUCGGCACCAUCAUCCUCUCCGACAUGGUCCCCUUCCGCCUCCGCGGCAUCUACCAGUCCGCGCUCAACUUUUGCUGGGGUUUCGGCAGUGUCACCGGCGCGUCCACCGCGGGCUUGAUUGCCGACGCCUUUGGCUGGCGCUACGUGUUUAUCGUGCAGCUGCCCAUCUUUUUGAUCUCAAUCAUCCUCGGAUACAUGUACAUCAUCAACCCACCUUACUCCGGGCCCAUCUCGGCAAACAAAAUCAGCAACAUCGACUUUGGCGGCAGUAUAACCCUCGUCACCGGACUCUCGAGCCUUCUCGCGUGUCUCAGCAUGGGCGGCAACGAGUACGCCUGGACGGAUCCGAAAGUGCUCGGCUUUGGCGCGUCCGCGGUGAUUAUGCUCUCGGCGUUUGUUUUUAUUGAGGGUAAAGUGGCGCGAAUGCCCGUGAUGCCGCUGCGGAUUCUCAAAGGCCGUCUGCCGAUCAGCAGCUUGACCUGCACGUUCUUCACCGGAAUCGCAAACAACUCGCAGCUGUUUAUGCUCCCGCUCUUCUUCCAGGCCGUCAACCUCGACCCUGCCUCUGUGUCUGGCGCGCGCUUGAUUGUGCCUUCGUUGGUUGGCAUCAUUGGUUCAAUCACCACCGGCGUCAUCAUGUCGAAAUGGGGACACCUGGCCACGCUGAUGAAGAUCGGCACGCUAAUCAUGCUCAUCGGCUGCCGCCUUGUCGCCAGCUUUGGUCCGGACUCGCCGAAAUGGCAGUUUGUGUUUUUCCUCAUGCCGACGCAGUUUGGCAACUCGCUCCUCAUUCCCGCCGUCCUGUUCAGCAUGCUCGCGCACUUUUCGCGCGUCGACCACGCCGUCGCGACAGGUACUUGCUACCUCGUCCGCUCGAUCGGACUCGUCCUCGGCGUCGCGAUCUCAAACUCAAUCAACCAAAACUCGCUCACGAAGAUUCUUCCCGAGAUGCUCAAGAACCUGCCGAACCGCGACGAGCUUGUUGACCGCGUGAUUCACUCUGUGACGGCGAUCCACGAGCUCGAGCCAGAGACGCAGCGACUGGUCGUCGACGGAUACACGUACUCGCUCCGACGAUGCUUUUGGGCGUCGACGAUUGCGUGCGCAAUCGCGCUUUUCGCAUCGAUGUUUACGAACGGGUCGAAAUUGAAACGCAAGGAAGACGACGAGGAGGAAGCGAUUGCUGCAGCAGCAGCAGCUGCGGAACCGGUUCGAGAGGAGGAAGCUGAGUUUGUGUAGCCGACUCGGUGGAGGAAAAGUGCAUUUUGUUAUUGUCGAGACAGUCUUGACGUUUGUUCUGCUGUAUCGAUUCAUCAACGCUUUUGGUUUUUUGUACGUCUCGUACGCUGUUUUGGAACUGUGGUUUGGAAGUGGUAGCAUUUGCGUCUUGUCUCUGUUUAUUUUUUUGUCGGUCAUUCAUAUAUAUUUCAGACCGCAACACCGUAUGAGAAGAGGUAUCCAAAAUAGAAUAGACCUGGUUAUCAU